AUGUCGAUUGAAAAAGUAGAGAGCACUACAGUAGAAAUUGUGGAUAAUCCCAAGAAUAAUAUAAUGGACGAAAAAUUAAAUAAUAAGUAUGAAGAAAAGCCAAAAACCGAUAAUAAAACGGAAGAAUCAGGUGAUAAAGUAAAUGGACGUAAUGCUGUCAGCGAAAUUGGAAAUUGUUAUUGUGGAAAAGAUAGAAAUUUAAAUAUCGCAGAGCUGUUGUGUGCUAGCUGUACCAGAUGGUUUCAUGAGUCUUGUAUUGGAUAUCAAUUAGGAAAACUUGUACCUUUCAUGACAAACUAUGUAUUUAUGUGUAAAAACUGCUCACAAACUGGAUUAGAAAGUUUCAAAAAGAAUCAAGCUCAAUUUCCACAAAUGUGUGUCACUGCUAUUGCAAACUUAAUACAAAGUUGUCAGAAGGAAAGCAAUAAUAGGACAUUCUUUCAUAAGGAUCGAGACAUUAUUCCUUUUAUAGAAUGUCAUUGGGAAAGUAUGACAACGAUGCCACGGAGGGUAACACAAUCCUGGCACUCGCGAAUUCACAAAGCUUUAACAAAAGAUCUUGGAACGCUUUUCAUAAUGGAUGAGAGUUCCACCGAUGGCCAACUAUAUGGGCUCGCAAGUUCGGAUUUAAUAACUAUUAAGCCAAAUUAUGAGGGAAUGGUUAAAGGAGCACCAAUUCCCGGUGGAAUCCGUGGACGCAAUGCAAAACGAAAAUUUCCUGGUGAGGGUACUGGGACUGGACCAGGCAAAAAAGGUAGAGGAUCCGAUAUGACGACACCAAAGUUACCAGCACACGGUUACCCACUUGAGCAUCCCUUUAAUAAAGAUGGUUAUAGGUAUAUUUUAGCCGAGCCUGAUCCACAUGCACCAUUUAGACAAGAGUUUGAUGAGAGUAGCGAUUGGGCUGGAAAACCUAUACCAGGUUGGUUAUAUAGACCCUUGAGUGCAAGCGUGGUACUUCUUGCACUACACGAUCGAGCACCACAAAUGAAAGUUUCUGAAGACAGAUUGGCGGUUACUGGUGAAAAAGGAUAUUGCAUGAUCAGAGCCACACAUUCAAUUUGUAAAGGGGUAUGGUAUUGGGAGGCAACUAUAGAAGAGAUGCCCGAAGGUUCUGCAACUAGACUUGGUUGGGGACAAGAAUAUGCCAAUUUACAGGCUCCUUUGGGAUAUGAUAAAUUUGGUUAUUCUUGGCGUUCGAGAAAAGGUACGCGUUUUCACGAAAGCAGAGGCAAGCAUUACAACAAAGGAUACGGCGAAGGUGAUACAUUAGGAUUUCUAAUAGUCUUGCCAGAUCUGUAUAGUCCAACUCAUAUUCCUAAUACGUACAAGGAUCGUCCAUUAGUAAAAUUUAAAAGUCAUUUAUAUUAUGAAGAAAAAGAUCAAGUUCCCGAAGCUAUUCGAGCUUUGAAACCUCUUUUAGGAAGUAAAAUCAUAUAUUAUAAAAAUGGAGUUUCGCAAGGAGAAGCAUUUAUAGAUAUUUAUAAUGGUGCUUAUUAUCCAUGUAUUUCUAUUCAUAAAACUGCUACGGUAUCUGUAAAUUUUGGACCACAUUUUAAAUAUACACCAAAAGACUUAAAUUUUAGAGGGAUGUACGAAAAGGCAGAAGAAGCAAUAGCCGAACAGUCAAUGGCGGACAUGCUUUACUUCACAGAGAACGAAGGAAAAUUAAGAUUAGACACCUUCACAUUAUGACAUUAGUGAACAUUUUUUGUUUUGUUUUGUAUUAUUUUAGGUAAAAUUAUAAAACAGUACACCUUCGUCAUA